AGACAGAGGAGAGACGUAGGAGAAAAAAUGGUAGAGAGGCAGGUGAGAGAAAGGAGAGAGAUUGGAGAGGGCUAUGAGAGAGACUGGAGAGAGAGAAGUGAGAGACCGGAGAAGAGACAUGAAAGAGAGACAGGUGAAAGACAGAGCAAGAGCUGGGAGAGAGAUGGGAAAGAGACUGGAGAGAGAUGGGAGAAAGACAGGAGUGAGACAGGUGACGCGCAUGCGCACUCGCGAAGAAGUGCUGCCAGCUGCCACGCUGUUGCUACGCAACCGGGUAAUCAGAGUAACCAGGGACACCAGCUCUGCUUCAGGACAAUGCUGAAGGGCCGCAGGUCCAGAGCAGACAGAAGGAUGCAGGCCAUGAUGGCUGGAGCGCUUCAGGAUCACAUCAUCCGGAGUGUUACACACCUUCAGCGCCCCAACCUUCCCUCACCUUCCACACGCCACACACACUCUCACACACACCAUGUUGAUGAUGAGCGGGAGUUUGUGCUGGACUCACCUCAGCCUCCACUCACAUUCGCUCAGAAGCUGGGUUUAGUAGCCGCUCCCAGCAGCAGAAGGCUGACUAUAGACGAGUGGACGGAGGUGAAAUCUCGCUCCCUGCUGAACGGAGACUCCACUCAGCCGUGCAUCAUCUGCACCGAGGAGUUCCGCCUCCAGCCGCAGGUUCUGCUCUCCUGUUCUCACAUCUUUCACAGAGCGUGCUUGAGGAAGUUUGAGCACUUUUCGGGCAGGAAGUGUUGUCCGCUGUGCAGGACGGAGCAGUACGAGACUCGAGCGAUACAUGACGGAGCGAGACUCUACAGAGAGAAGUGCGUUCUCAGGAUUCAGGCCUGGUGGCGAGGCUGCGUUGCACGACAGUGGUACAGAGACGUGAGGAAAGUCGUGCCACCCAGUGACCCGCGAUUACGACGCAGAUUCUUCGAGGAGAAGUUUCAGCAGCUGAACACGAGCCUGGUGCAGUCAUGCCACAGCGACGUCGACUCGUUCCUGCGUGAAAUAGACCAGAGCGUCGCCCAGAGCCGAGACGUCUUCCACCUCUUCGACCGUCUACAGACCAGCAGCACCAGAGGAAUGGAGGAGGAGGAGUGGAGGAAGGCUCAGGAGAAGGCGGCCCAGCGGGACACUUACGACUGUCCGAUCUGUCUGACUCCUCUGAGAAGCGCGCACUCGUCCACUCCAGUCGUCCUGCUUUCCUGCUCCCAUCUGUUCCAUCAGUCCUGCCUGAGAGCAUCAGAGCACUUCUGCCAGGAGGGCGGCGCCACCUGCCCACUCUGCCGUCGUCACUAUGUCUCUGUGCCCGUUUACGACUUUGCCCAUUACCAUACCAUGUAAAGUAUGGCACUGAGCGUUAGCUAGUUAGUAUGCGGACAUUCA